GAUGCUGCUCAACUGGUUCUGCACCACGUUUCCGGAGGACCACUACCUCCGGUUCCUGCUGACCAAGCAGGACCUGAAGCUGCUGGCAGCUCAGUUCUGCACCCACUUGCUGGCCGCUGUGCUGCGCCAAAUUGAGGACGAGAACGCCCCGCUCGAAUCUCUCUUUCGGCCUGAUCUGAUGUACUACUGGACACACUCGGAAGUUCCGGCGUGCCCAGCAAGCAACGUCGUGCCCGGCAAACUUACCACGGACUACUGGCCACCGCCGGACUCUGAAGGCGAUGCCAGGCCUGGACUUCGAUACACAGAAGCAGAGGCACAGCAGAUGAUCAUGGGAUUGAAAAAGGCCCACCGGAACGAGCUGGAGAAGCUUCAGAAAGAGCACGAGUUGGCCCUGUUCUCUCUGCGAGGGGAGCAGGCUGCCAGGCUGACCGACUAUGAGGGCCAAGUUGUUCGCCUGGAGCAAGAGAUCGACAAGUACCAAACCCUGGCCGGCAUCGAAGAACUGACCAGGAAGGCGCGAGACAUAGACGCGCCCCAGGCAACUCCGGCGCCCGCCACCGCUGCGGCAGCGCCGGUGUCGCAGCGCUCCUGCGAGGUGCAGACCCUCUCGGCCGUGCUGCGGUCUUGCGAGGCGCAGACCGUCACGCCGGCUACCUGUGAUAAAUGGGUCCAGGCGCAGUGGAGGUUCGCGGUGGGCAUCGUUCAGACGGACGAGGCAGAAUACGCGACCCAGGAAUCUCAGACGCACAUCGACGCAUGUCACCAGGAAUGCCAGACGGACGAGCAGGUCGUCCCGCCCACCGUCAUAGUGACGAGCGCUGGAAGCUCGUCCACUGCAAUAACAGUCUCCCAGGCGGAGCCACCGCCUCCUCCGCCCCCUCCUCCGCCGCCACCACCACCUCCUCCUCCGCCGCCAUUUUCCUGCACUCCACCUCCUCCCCCGCCUCCCCCACCCCCGUUCCCGGGCAUGGCCACGCCCCCUCCACCGCCGCCGCCUCCACCUCCCUUUUCCGGCAUGGCCACGCCCCCACCCCCUCCCCCGUUGCCAGGAAUGAUGGGCACGCCCCCUCCGCCGCCCCCACUCCCCUCUUUCAUGGCGCCAGUGCACGGCUCCCCGGCACCCCCUCCUCCUCCCCCGCCGGGACUGGGACCUGUGCCGAUGCCAGCGCCACCUGUGGGUGGCUGGCACAGUGCCUACGCCAUAGCCCGCAAGCAACCCGUGAACCCGAAAGCGCUGAUGAAGCCCCUCUACGUGACGAGGAUACAAGUGCCCACAACGAAGCAACCACAAGGUGCUCCGCCGGCGAGUCCAGAAAAGACAGCAGAACACAAGACGCUGUGGGAGAGCUUGGAGGAGACUCCCCCUUCUGACUGGGAGGAGUUUGAAAACUUGUUCUCGAGGCAAGUGCAGGAGAAGAAACCCACGGCAAAAACGAAAAGUGCCCAGGAAAAGACUAAGCAGGUGGCGAAGCUUCUCGACCAGAAACGUUCACAAAACGUUGGCAUACUGAUAUCGAGUCUUCGCCUUGAAAUAUGCGAUGUGGAGAAUGCCAUCUACAACUUUGACACAUCAGUUGUGAGCUUGGACACCCUUCAAGCACUGUACGAAAUUCGCCCUACAAACGAAGAGCUGAAGCUGAUCCAGGACCACCUAGCGCUGAAACCCGAAGUUCCGUUGGACAAGCCGGAGCGCUUCCUGUUGGACCUGUCUCGCAUUCCGGAGUAUGCUGACCGCGUCGGAUGCAUCAUGUUCCAGUCGACCUACACGGAGUCCAUCAGCAUCGUCGAAAACAAACUGAACAACCUCAAGAUGACGUGCGAGGUAAGGAUCUUGGAGCAAGGAAGUGCGCACAAUCCUGGGCUUAUAUUAGCUCUAGGCAACUACAUGAAUGGAGGGAAUAGGAGUCGUGGACAAGCCGAUGGCUUUGGCCUUGAGAUCUUGGCCAAGUUGAAGGACGUCAAGAGCAAGGACAACUCUUUGACUCUUCUUCAUUACAUUGUCCGAGUCUAUAUAAGCAAGUUCCAGGAGGACGUUUCCCAGGAGAAGGCGAAAUUUCCUUUACCUGAGCCGACCGACAUGGAGCGUGCUGGACUCGUGAACUUCGAUGACAUCAGGGCGGACCUCAAGAAGCUCGAUGCUCAGAUCAAAAGUUGCGAGACCAAGGUCCAGAAAGUGCUGAAUAACUCGGACAGUGAGCACCAGGAACCUUUUAGGGAGCAGAUGACAACGUUCCUGCAGAAGGCACACCAGGAGCAGAAGGAGCAGGAGGAGAACCUCGAGGAGACCAGGAUCAAGUGAGUUUCUGGGACCAAGGACUACUUCCUCCUGCAGCCCAAGUCCAAGAACGAGUCUGAGUGGCCGAAGGAGCUGUUCACUCCAUGGGUGCCUUUCUGUAACGACUUCAAGAACAUCUGGAAGAAGGAGGUUCAGCGCAAGAUCAAGCUCGACCUUGAGGCAGCUAGGAAGAAGGUCAAGGACCUGCAGGAAGCCAAGAAAUCUAGCGUCAUGUCCGAGGUGGUGAAGGUUCGGAGCAGCAGACCCUCUGGCCUGAAAGCAAAAAUGACAAAGCGGAUGCAGCAACUUGGACAGAGCUUUCCUUCGCCCGGAGCACCCUAAAAGAAACUGAACGAUCUGCGAGAAUAGAUCUGAUUUUUGUAGCUCGCGGUGCGGCAAGAGCGAGCAUACAAGUUAUGUAUAUUGUAUACAUACAUAUAUACAUAGUGUGACAUACUAUUUUUAACGAGAGAUUAAUACCGUUAGGGUGGUGCGCACAGUUGUUGUUCGUUGUUCCGUGUAAAGCGUAGUAUGUCUUCUGGCGACUUUCGCGGUGGUAUGGUUCGUCAGCUGCUGCGAGGUUGCGUGAUAUCGCGAAUCUCAGUUUGUCGAAUGCGUCUGAUGGCUGAAUGAGCCAGGGUACUGUUUCCGUUUUUCUUGUUUGUCCUUAUAUGAUGUGCACGUAUUGGUGCAAUAGACGGGGGACCGCAAUGCGUAAGGAUUCCUUUCUGUGAGUUCUAUUCAUUUCUUACCACUGGUCGCAGCGAACGGAAUAUCAGAUUUGCUGUAACUGACCAGAGACAAAGGGUGAAAGGAUUGGAAUACGGAAAGAAUCCUGAGGCAAAUGGAAAUGUUUUGAGGAUUUGCUUUUGCAGAUGUCUCAGAAGUGGUAGUGCAAGGUUGACAAAGCGGGUGCAGACAAAAAAGAAAACUCAUUAUUUACUGCAAGUUCUCGAUCAGCGGUGAUAGGGGAAGUUGCCACAGUUGGCUGUGGGUUAAUUGCACGACUUUUAUCGUAGCCCUAGUUUGAUUUAUUAAGAGAAACAAGUGGACACUUAAAACUGCGUAGGGAGCAUUUCAUUAAUGUUGCCAAAUGUAUAAGUAGUCGUUGUGGAAGUACCUAGUAUGCAAUUGAUACAGAACAUGGGUAAGGAUUUUUACAGAACGUGUUGUAGAUGAUGUACGGAAAUUUUCCUCUGAAUACAGAAGUUUUCGAUGGGAAAUUUGGAUUUACUUUGGCAGUGCAUUCGUGCACUUUGGAGAAGGCAGUGCCCUUUGUUGAGAACUCAUCAUGACCAAAUAUGUGACAAAACCUUCAGGCUAUAAAUCUUUUUUUUAAAUAAACAGUUGGAGAAUAACUGUGGUAUUGUGUUAGUGGCUGUUAUGCAAGAUUAAAUAUGACUUGCUUUUCAGAAAUUAUUUAGAAGUAUUUUUAUUUUGAAAUUCUUAUGGUGUUAUUUAACGGAGUGCCCCGUGAUUCUUGUGUGGAUUUUGACUGAACCAUUUUGUUUCAUUUACUAAACUGUAAUUUACUAAACACCUUAGGUUAAGGGCAUAAUUUUGUCUCAAGAACAUCGGUCGGCCAUAUAACAUGCAUUUUCUAUCUUUAACACUACACACCAAGUACAUUUCUUGGUGUGACACAAAAUCCACGCCAAGCUUUACAUGCUUAAAACUGCCUAUGCUACUGACGCUUGAGAAAAGACUAGCGACAAGUUUCUUCUUCAUAGUUGAAUUUUCGUCGCUCUCUUAAGGGCCUAAAAGAAGUCUGUUCUUUUAUAAAAUGGCACGCAUGUCAACCUCGAUACAGCGAAGUCCAUCUGACGCGAAAAUAGUUUCGUUGUAAUAAAGAAUUUAUUAUGUAAACGUUUACUCAUGACACCGUCUAAAUGGCAACAGUAUGCUUCGUUUUAGUCGUUUUCGUUAUAUCGAGGUUAAACGGUAUGAUCAAUGGCAGCUGCAGGUCCGUGUACGUGCACAAAGUGGUCAUUUCUUCAAGCACGUUUGGAUAGAAAUAUUUUUACUUAUCUGACUGGCAAGAUAAGAGUAAGGAGUCGCUCCUGUGUUGGUACUUCAGUGCGCAGUGCAAUCUGAUGAUGUUAGAAGUGUUUUAGAAUUAUACCAUAUUCUUGCAAAGUAGUAGCCACAUCUCUUCAAAGAAAUGGCGACAAGGUGUGUCAUGGGUACACGAUGCCACAUGCUUUGUGUUGUAACUGACAUUUCUGUCACUUAAAGACGAAUGACAGUGUCUACAAGUGAUGAAAACAGGGUCUCAGGGGCGUGCUUAUUAUAAGUAUUCAUUUUUCAUAUUCGUUAUAUCGAGGUUAUACUGUAUUAGACAAAGCUGGCGCAGGAUCGAAAGGCAUGUCAUUUGUUCACUGUGUGUGACUUUUGAGCACGAGGUCGUGUGUUGAUUAAGCCUGUUUAUUCAAGGACAAUGUGCCACAUUCUGCACUUCUUAUUUGAAGUUCAACCAUUGCUACCUUAUCUGUUCAGUCUUAACCAAACUUCAUUUUGACUGUCUCAUCUAUUCAGACUCAAGUAGCCUGAAUGUGUGCAUUUGAUAAUGCAGCUUUUUCUUAUCAACACUUCUCAGUCAAAGAGUACAUUUUCUAUCCAGUCCGU